AAUCUGUGAGUGUGGCUCUGACUGCAGUUGGAAGAAUAUAGCCGAGCACGCGAAUUUUUAAGGUACGUUUACACGCUAUGAAAAUUACUGUUGACGUCACGAUUAUCUUCAUUUAGUUUAUUUUUACGUACUUUUAAAAAGCCACAGGAAUUUUUUUAGUAUGAAGAUUUGUAAGUUGAAAAUUUGAAUUAAAACCUAAGGGAUCGGGGUCAUUAUUUGUGGAAGGGGGUAGCUUGCGAAGAGAAAAGGGUUGGGUAAAUUUUGAGUGAGUAAAAGGUUGGGUAAAUGAAAAACAUGAACAACUCAAGGGUUGGGUAAUAAGAAUGUAUUGUCAUUCCCAAAGCAUGGACUCACUCAGAUAUUGAAGACUAAAAAGCAAUGUCAACAUUCAUAUGUCAAUACAAUGUGUAAAUCAAUCAAUGAAUCAGAGUCACUAUCUUGAUCAUUUUCUGAUUUGUAAGGAGGCAAAUAGUGUUUCCAAUGAACGUAGUUAUAUACAUGUCAAACAUAUCUUUCGAGACUGUUUAAUCGAGCUGACAUACUUAUAGUUGUAAUACACGAGGUCAUGACUACAGUUUUGCCAUUCCUAAGCCGGCAAGCACACAAAAAACAGCCUAGAGUUCAAUGGAGCAGUGCAUGGUAUGGACCUGGUAUGGAAUUUAAUAUACCAAUAGAAAUAAGGAAAUCAUAAUCAGUAAAAAUUUUCAAAAACAAAUUGUAGGUAGUAAUUUGUUAUGUAAAUUUUAUUGUAAAUAAUCAAAGAGCAUUAGAGCUCUGCAAACUCCGGUUAUUUUAGCUCCGGCAAGGAAAUUUUUGGAAAAUUUCAUAUUUAAAAGUUGAAGCAGGCGAAAAUAUUUCGGUGUAAUUUCAGAAUUUAUUUUAUUCCUUUUUGAGCUUUCUCCUUUACUUAUCAAAUAUCACGUGCUUCGGCGCUUGUUUAAACAAAUGAAUGUUUUGUAGAAAGUAAAUCCGCAUGGCAGCGUGGUAUUUUCGCCCAACAUAGAUCGGGGUCCGCGGAUUUUUGUAUCAAAAGCGAUAGCAAUGCGCUUGCAGAAUUUUCGUAGCCACGAAUCGGAUUGGAGCAAGUAAUUAAACUUUAUGGUAACUUCAAAUCAUUCAACUUAAUUUUUCCAUUACCAAAAGUUCAUUGAAAUAUGAAAUAAUUUUUCAGAAUUUUGUCUGCCGGAGUUUUUGCCGGAGUUUUCCAACUCCGGCAAAUUUUGUCGGAGCUCCGGCUCCAGUACACCGGCGCACAGCUUUAUAGAGCAUCUUCUGAUGACAUGCAAGCUUCUGUGCCUAACCAAAGUUCAACAACAAUAAUUUUCGAUGCUAAUAACCAUGUGUGUAUAAAAAUCUGAAACACGACUAUAUUGCAUUUUUUCAGGACACAUUUUAUAAUACAAUUUAUGUCGCAACCUAUACUAUAGGACGCAUUCUCUGGGUCCAAGCUUGCUUUUCGAACUGCAUGCAGGGAGGCCCGGGGGAAAUGGUUACCACUUUUCCAAAAUUUUGAUCUUAACUAGCCUAAACAAAAAUUUCAUCGCAGCUUGAAAGAGCAUCACAAAAUUAGUAAUAUUCCAAACUUUCGUUGCAAAAUGUUGUAAAAUGCGGAUGAAUAUAGCCUUGCGAAGUUUGUAAUUUUCAGUCAUUUUGUAUUACGCACAGAAGUGGUAACCAUUUCCCGUUUGUAAUCUAAAAUAAAAUGACUGAAAAUUGCAAACUUCGCAAGGCUAUAUUAUCCGCAUUUUACAACAUUUUGCAACGAAACUUUGAAAUAUUACUAAUUUUGUGAUGCUCUUUCAAGCUGUGAUGAAAUUUUUGUCUAGACUCGUUGAGUUCAAAAUUUUGGUCAAUUGGGGAAUGGUCCAUUUAGCAAGAGGUUAUAUGACAAAUGCAUUAAAUAUUCUACCACCACGCAAUCGAUCUCAUUUGCGCUAAUAUUCCUACGGCCAAUGACGGUACGCGUCUACCAACGAACCGGUAAAUCCUCAGUGCAGAGCUACGGCAUAACCAUAUUGUACUGCCACUGUAAGGGAGGAGUUUGGCAUUUCAAGGUGUGUAGAAUUGUAUGCCAUAAUUUUCUAUGGUGUUGGGCGUAGCGCACAAUGCAAUCUAUGAAUUAAGAGUCCUUAAACCAAAGGCAAUUAAAAUCUACAAAACUCAAAAGGUGUCACUGCUUAUAAAACGGUCCCCAAUUGACCAAAUCAAGGCCAGCCUCGUAACAAUGUUUUUUUACAAUGCCUCAAUGCUUUUCCAGACAUUUCUAAAGUCACUGUAUUACUAUAAUGAAACAUAGCUCACAUAUUUGCUUCUUUAUGUUCUGAAAUCUGAUUGCACACCGAAAGUACCAAUGCUUCAAAUUUCCCAUGCAGCCAAUGGCAAUGUAGCCUGUAUGAACGACUUGACUGGUGAUUCCUUGACGCUCAAUCGCGCUUAUAACACCGGCCACUACAAAUCUAUUUCCGACAACUUAAAGUUCAAUAUCCGAAUCUUCGCCAUAUUUUGUAUGAUGGAAUGCGAUAUGAAAAGAUCGCCUUUAUAUAAUAAUUUAUGCAAAUAAAUUAUGUAGAAUAGUCUAGCGGCAACCCACGCAGUACUUUGCAGGUUAAAUUCGUAAACAAUUGCUCAAGAUAGCUUUAAACAACUGUGCUCUCUCAAAAAGGUCUUGCUGCUCAAACCAAGCCGCUGUCGUGCAUCGUAUAUUUUUGCCGCCAUUUUGACGUCUCUGAAGAACACGUUUGUAAAGAACCACAUCAGCAAAGAAGAUAAGGUACUAAUACUAGUUCAUUGAAGUUAGUUGUAUAUUUUAUUAACUUAUUGAUAAAUAUAGACGGUACGUUUGUCGUGAAUUUUAUGUACAUUGAAAUCUAAAGGAUACUAACUUCGGUUAAUUUGAAAUAUAUUCUAGUAUAUCUGUACAACAAUAUCUAAUAUCUAUCGUUUAAUAUAACGGGAUCAUCGUUUUAGAAAUGCCCCAAAUUGUGCGAGCUAUUAGCAAUGGAGUUUAAUGUCCAGGCUAUAUCUAUAUUUUAUCACAAGAAUUCGUUAAGAAAGAGUCGUAAUUUCGACAACUUUGGUAUCGGGAUCUACAGUUCUUCGAAUCAGUAUAAAGGAAUCUUAGUGUAUUCUGUAUAGAGUAUAAUUUCGGCCCCAUAGACUUAGCCACAGGCAAUUGAAGCUCAGUUGAGUCAUGGAAUAGGAAUUCAACCAAGAACAAUAUUAUUCUACGACUGUGGAUAUUCAGUGUUUUAUACGGUUGUAUUCGGCAUGAACAGAAAUUGUCGACACGCACAGUACGCCAUCAUUCUUUCAAAUCUCUCCAACAUAUAGUAAUUCUUCUUCCUUAAUUCGUUCAUUCCUUCGGCUUUGUAAAGAUAAUCGCCUAAUCAUGGUUGUCUGCGAACAUUCUCCGGAGAUGAAUUCUCACACAGAUUGUCGCUUUUAGCCCCCUCUGCACUUUAUCUAUAUCCCACGAGUGUUUUGUAGAAACGUGUUCGAUGUAACUAGCUUUUCUUCUUGCUCAAUUGCUGUUGCCAUCAGAUGGAAUCCAUAGAGCGAAUUUGUUGGAAUUUCACAUGGGUAAAUUCUAAGUUUUGAAGGAUUUGUAAGAAAUGUUUGAUGGAACUGAUUCGUUGUUUAAUACCGAGUCACUUCCCUUAAACAUUUCUUACAAAUCCUUCAAAACUUAGAAUUUACCUUUGCGGCAAAAUCCCUGCUGUGGUCACAGAAACUUUGAUAGUAUAUUUUACCCAGACAGUAUUGGCAAUAUAUGUUUUGUACUAAAUUGAUAUAUGUCAAAACCAUUCGACCUUCAAAUCGUGAAUUUUAACAUGCAAGCAUGCAUAUUAUAGAGCAUAUGGUGCACUGUAAAUUCACAAAAGAGUCCAUUUGAUCCCAGAACGACUCUUUUGAGGUCGUUUUGACUUUUUAUAGGGUCGUUUUGACUCUAUUGAAAUUACAUUGUGAACUUAUGGAAGCAUUUAAAUGAUGCUUUUAAGUGUCAAACGUCAGUAUUCAAGUAUAUGAACUAUAUAUAGGACUGAUUAUAUAGUAUGGCUGGGCAAACUUUUCUGUUCCAAAACACUGCACUCUUCAAUGAAACUGUAUGGCAUGGAGACCAGAGUUAUAGUAUAGAAUCUAUAUAGACAGUAAUACUUUUUACAUUGUAGCUAUCGUCUCGUUAUGUACUGCAAGAUAUACAAAUAUUACAUCAACUUAAAACAUCAGUUAGAAUUUUAAAUUUUUCAUGACAGGUAUAGCUACUUCAUAUAGAAAAAAAAAUUUAAUUACGAAAUUUAAAUAUAAAUAUUACAUCGACUUAAAAUAUCAGUUGGAAUUUUAAAUUCUUCAUGACAGGUACACUUCAUAUAGAAAAAAAUAAUUUAAUUACGAAAUUGAAUUAAAACAAUAUUUAGUUUUCAGUAUACAUGCCGAUCCCAUCGAGUUUAAAAUAAAUUAAUACGUUAAAUUAUGCAAGUUUUUGCCAUAUCCGUAUAUGUCGGAAAAUGAAGCAUAUGUUAAAGUUGUCCAAAAUUUACCAAAAAUUUAAUUGUAUGUUUGUUGGUUGCGUGAGCCAUGCACGCACUCAUUCUUGAAAUAGAAAGUAUAAUUACUCAUUACUAUUGCGGAAAAUACUCUUUGUUGAGGUUUUAGCUGUAAAAUGGGCGUCCUAUAAAAAUGCCAGGUUUGUGUGAAUGUAUAUAGGGGUUUCCAACGGCAGAGUGGCAUACAAAUAUUUACAAAAUCAUGUUGACUGGCUGACUUAACGCCUAUUUGUCAAAUUAAACUUGUAAAUUUCUGCAAAACACUUAAGUCUCCGCAUCGUCUCGGCAGGAGGCGAGCCCGUGCAGAGUUAGUAAGAUUUAAUUUAGUUUUCUAUUUCAUUCUCUAAUCAUUUAAGCAUAAUUCUUUGGCACUUGUUUUUGAGGCGGUAAUACGACCAAUAAAAUUCAGGUACAAAGAAAUCGGAUUUCAACGAAUGUUAACUGAAAUAUCCACGCAUAAAGUGCGCAUACUAGCUCAGAACAACCUGUACAUAUAAUUAACAUGUGUUGAAAUAUGUGGGCAAGCGAGUAUUGGAAUUGGUUUCAAGCUUUGAGAGAGCAAUUCUCUGAGAAAUUUGAGAGAGCAAUUUUACACUGUGUACUUAGAAGUUUGUAAUUUUUGAAAUAGAAUAGAGGAGAAGGCCGCCGCGCCUUGCGGCAGAAUUUUUGUUAUUCGUAUGAAACUGCAUGUGAAGAAGAUAAAUUUCAUUAUUAAAACCCAUGGAAAUGCCGCCCUGCAGGGGUAGGAAAGGUAAAAGCGGGUCAUCAAAUGUGUGAAGACAACACUGAAUAAACAAAUUUUAAACUGUGGGAAAAACACUCGCCCGUGAGGGUUGGAGAUAACACCUUUUAAUUCACUAUACUUCGUUAAUAUCACCCCCUACAAUAGACAAUUCCCAUUAUAGACUAAUUUUCUAUCUUGGCAAAAAAAUAUAUUGCCGGAAAGAGCGUAUACUAAAAUUAGUAAAAUUGCAAAGUUUGGCUGCGAAAUGUUGUAAAAUGCGGAAAAUAUAGCCUAAUUUUGUAUUGCGUGCGGAAAUUGCUACCACAUUUGGUCCGAAAAUGGUAGCAAAAUUACCAGUAAUUUCCGCACGCAAUACAAAAGUAUACAAAAUUUUCAAACUUUGCAAGGCUAUAUUUUCCACAUUUUACAACAUUUGGCAACCAAACUUUACAAUUUUACUAAUCUUAGUGUGCUCUUUCUACCUGUGGUGAUUUAUUUGCAUCUCCUUGCCUAGAUUAAAAUUAGUUUAUAAUGGGAAUUGUCUAUUUGUUAGGUUAAAUUUUUAAAAUUCUUACCCUGGUCCAUAGUUUAAUUAAGUUAUAAUUUUGAACUUUCAAGCAAAUAAACUCGAUUUUUUUACCUGACCAAUGAUACUGAUUUCUUUCUGAAUACUGAGACCGAUUUUGCAGAAAGUUAGCGACAAGUAUAUGUUUGGUUGAUGAAAUCGUCAGAUAACGGUUUGCUACAUUGAUGAUAUCUGAAAUUUGCAGAUCGAAGCGCAAUGAUUUAAUGCAAUGGCCAAGGUCUUAGGUAAUUCAGUUGGAAUUUGGUAUGGAGGGUAUAGGAAGAUUUUUCUAGUAAGACACCCCUCGGGUUCGCAUUGUGUGUAUUUUGGCAAAACAACAUGCUGUUAUAAGCAUGGAAUAGGUAGUAUGUUGGGUUGUGCUAAUAAUUCUUACUUGAACCCAAUGUUGUCACCAACAGGUCGAGUCAGCCAAAAGUCAAGUCAUUUCACCAUCUGGUCGAGUCAAUGACUACACUCGAGUCGAGUCAAUGGCUAGACGAAUGGGUGACUCCAGCUAUAGACUAAGUUUUGAUCUGGGCAAGAAUAACGAAAUCCAACACCACAGCUAGAAAGAGCGUCUUAGGAUGAGUAAAACUGCAAAGAUUGCUUGUUAAAUGUUUAAAAAUAAAGAAAAUAUAGCCCUUUUCCUCAUUUUACAACAAUUCGCAACCAAACUUCGCAAUUUUACUCAUUCCUUCAGCUGGAAUCAUCUUUGCAAUUUUACUCUUACUCAGUAUAGCUGGAAUCCAUUGUAUGGUGAACAAAAAGGAGAACAAAAAUGCCUUAAUUAAACAAUAAUUUCCCCACAAGUCGAAACAUGCCUAUCUGCAUGGAGAAUUACUUUUUUAUUUCUUCAAGCCGUUUCAGGACUGUUCCCAACCCGCUAUUCAACUGCAAUAUUUUUCAUGAAUUUAUCCUGUACAAGUUGUAGCUGAGUUGAUUUGAGGCUGAAAUCAAGACGUCGAGUCAUUUGGGGCUGUUGACUCGUGUCGAGUCAUUUUUUGUAUUUGAGUCGAGUCGCAGAAAAUUGCGACUCGAGUCCGUGUGAAUAGCCUGGCCUAGGCCUAGCUUUGGACUAGAUUUUUGUAGUGUAAACGCACUUUGGGCCUGGCCUAGGUCAGGAAAUCUGGGCCAUCAGAACAGGUGUUCCACAUUUCCUAACCUAGGCCAGGCCCAAAGUGCGAUUACGCUACAAAAAUCUAGUCCAAAGCUUGGCCAGGCUUAGGCUCGUAGUUUACACACGGGUAAUGACUCGACUGGUUACAACACUGCUUGCAGUUGAGAGCUGAAGGACACAGCUCAAUCUGAUCGAGUCAAAGGCUUUCUAAGGGCGGCUCUGGCAUCCAUCUUACGACUCGUGUCUGGUCAAGGAGCACAACUACGGUGGAAGGGUCAGUUAGGGGGAUAAUCCCAACCCACCCUGUCAACAUUCCCUGUGGGAGGGAACCGGAGCACCCGGAAACCCACGAUUUUUGGAAGAGCAUUGACUGACUCUUUCACACAAGUGUCAUGAGUCCUUAGCGAGAAUCAAACCCAUGAUCUCCGAGAUGAAAACCGCUUGCCCUGAUGAUCGCGGCCACCGAAGGCCCUGUGGUAUAGAAUAGUAUCGAUUAAUCCAAAGACGGAUUGGCGGAACCAUUGUGCGUUUGAUGAGGCCCCUUGAUAGUUUAACAUAAAAACUCCUCAACGGGAGUUCCGUUGUUUUGACUUUCAUUGUACUGAAAAUAUGCUCUUAUGUCUUGUGAUACUUUCGUGACUUUAUUCCCAUGAAAUUAUUAGACAAUAAGUGGUUAAUAACCAUGUCUAUGAACGAAUUUAUUCUGAGGAAUCUAUUAGUAUAAGAGUCUAGAUAAAUGACCAGCUUUUGUGGUAUCGUGGUCAACACGGUUUGCCUUUCAAGCUGGGAGAUCGAACCUCUAGUCAAGGUCUUGGAAUAGUCGAGGAGAAUCUUGAAAUAGUCGAGGAGAAAGAGCUAUCUUUACAUUGACAUCAGUAGAUGGUUAGACUUUCGCGUCUUCUCGGAUAAGGACGUUAUAAUCGUAGGCACCUCGGAUCCCCUAUCAAUUGGGCAAUAGCCUGUUUGGAAAUCCUCACACCAGUGAGCGAGAAACUCGAUAAACAUAGUACAACGGUGCACACACAAGAGCAAAGAACUACUAUAUAUGUUUGUGAUGUUGCUCUGAGUGUGCAUCUAUACCAUAGAUAUCUUAUAUACACUAGAUAGCGCAUCUCUUUUAGUAAAAUUGAAGCCAAGAAUAUUCCAGCGGUUACCCCCAUUUGAAUAGAUGGCGGCCAUGUUGGUCGUUCCCACUUGCUAAUAAACGCUUAAAAACAACAAUAACUUUCAUCAUUUGAAUAGUUUAAAAACGUAGUUGGAAUAGGGUUAACUUGAUGUUUAAGUUCCCUGUUUAAGAAAUAGAAAACAUACGAAUCUUCUCAUUUCAUGGGAACGACCUGAGACUGCAAUCACGGCUUCAAUUUUUGAAUUGGAGAAUAAUUAGAUGCACUAUCUAGUGUAUAUAAGAUAUCUAUGAUCUAUACCUGACCACGGUGGGAAUAGAACCCACGACCUUUGGGAUAAAUCAUCAUAUCUUAGCCGAAUACAUUAUACAUUGUAUCGAAGCUCGAUUCUCACCGUGAUCAGGCAAACUUUUCAGCUUGCCCGACGACCAACAAAAUCAAAGAACUACUAUUUUUGAAUAAAUACCAUGCUUGUAUGAUUCCGAACAAACUAACAGACUUUUGGGUACGGCAAUCUAUUUUUGCGAUUCCGUUUCAAUUUUGUUCACUUUCUAAAGGCUAGACAAUGCUAUCAUUCUUCAUCUUUUCGGCUACACAUAAUUAGUACGUAUGUGACGUAUGUAGAGCAAUGUAGCCGCUAUUUAACUUGCUUCAUGACGAAAAACACUUUUGGAAACAAUGUAGUCUACUACAUCAUCGCACGUUCUAGAUAUGCCUUCACGUCACGAGAUAAUAGGAAUGCUUCUAUAUCAUAGAAACAAGUUCUAUAUAAUCGCAUCACUCUUCAAUCUAUUGCGUUGAAUUCUUUGUUGGAUGCAUUCACAGAAUCAUGAGACAUCCAUCUUUUUCUUUAUAAUCACAUUACAUUAGCAUACGAUGACGCUUUGACAGUUUUCAAUAUUCCGACUUUAUUUUCAAGACGUGAUCGUUUAUAUUCAGUAUUCUUUAAGAAUAAGGUAAUUCGUACCGCACUUUCGAAUGGACUCCAGACAUGAAAAUGCUGUAAUUUGAUUGGCUACUCUACUCGCUGUCAAUCCUCCAUUGUCAAAUUAUUUUGUGGAAUAUGUAUAGGUUAUUUUGAGGCAACGAGGGAAUAUAUCCCCGAGGUGUCUCAAUAACGUACUUAUUUUUUCACAUUGCGAGGCGCGUUAAUGAGUCAGAAUAGAAAUAAUUCUUAAUGCCAUAUUGCCUUCGUUAUGUUAUUUCUCAUUCUUUGUGCUGCAAAGACAUUGCAGGUGAUUAUUAGAGGGGAUUACUAGAGGGGAAUAUUGAAUAUAUUACCCGAUAAGAACAAAGGAAACCGAGCAGGGCGAAAAAUAAUUUGUUUGCCAUUUCUUAUUCUACUACAACAAUUAAACACCGCACAAAAAGCCCCUAUAUAUAUCAUCAUAAGUUCUAAAUAAAUGACUACCUGAUAAUCACACCUCGGCACUAAUUAGACUUAUGAUAGGUUGCUUAUUAAUGAAGUCACGAAUUAGUCCAAGAUGGCGGCCAGCUCAUUAAUUUCGGUCUAAAUAUUUCGAGAACUAAGUGUGAUAUGAUAAUAGAUAAUAAUAGUAUCGGUAAUAAAGUUUAAUAUAUAAUUUUCAGAGUUCUUUUGAAUGAGACAAACUAAUUUUUGUAUUGCCAAUGUCCUUUAAGGAAGAACUUCGACUCUUAUUUUACUUCUUUACUAGAAAACAGCAAUGUUUACAUUGCGAAAAACACCUUCAAGCAUCGACCUCGUCGAGGCAGCCAUCAGUCACCUUGAUUUUCUGAAGGAAGUUGAUGCCUUGGGUUACGCUUAUCGCGGUCAACUUCUGGCAAAUGCUAUUAGACGAUACGAACAUCUGUGGCUACCUAUGGCCGCGAAUGAAAACACGACUCAAAUAGCCGCCCCCUUGGACGUCGAGUGGGUUUGGUACCUACAUAUGCUUUCACCGCGCGUUUAUGAUAGCGAUUGCCAGAGACUGGUGUCUAAAGUCGUCGAUCAUAAAAUUUUCACUGGGGGGCAAAAAAAGUUGGCGCUAGAAAAAUCGCGAACGAUCUGGAAACGACAUUAUCCCGACGAACCGUUCGAUGUCAACCCGGACUCAAUCUCCCAAAUUUCGGCCGCGCAGUCUUCGGAGCUGUCACGUGACCUGGUCCGCGCAGCCGCAAUUCAGAGAAAUUUUAACUACCAAGUUUCGUUACCGCAUUACUACGAUCGUAAGUUUCUUGGAAACGCGGUAAAGCGUUACAAGAGAUUUCUCCGUCUUCACUCCAGUACAUCGAACGAGAUCUUUAUUCCUACAUGCGACAUUGAUCUUAUUUGGCAUGCGCACCUGGCACAUCCACUGGCGUACCGUAACGAGUGCGCGAAGCUGUUCCGAGGUACGCUGGAUCACGAUCAUGAAGACCACACACCACGUGAUGACGCGCCCUCGAUCUGCGCAGCCGCAAUCACGCAAGAACGCUGGGCUAUGACGUAUGGAGAUAGCUACAUACUGGCAGGUGUGUUUGCAGUUCAGUUUACACACGUAAAAACGCACAAGUUGUAACAAACCUGCAGCAGACUUGUAGCAAUGCUGUUCCAACAACUUGUCAACAGGAUGUGUUCGUACUGCUUGUUCCCAGCUUGUUGACAACAUGCUACAAGAGUACAAGGUUGUUGAGCUCAACAGACUUGUUACAAGUUGUUCCAACCACUGUCUAUUAUCAAAUCAGUAGUUCCAACAACUUGUUAUCGUCCUGCAAUUCAGCAACUUGUCAACAAGUUGUGAGUGACAACUUUGUACCAACUUGAUAAAAUAACAGCAUUGUUACAACUUGCUGACAAGCUUGCCACAAGCCUGUUGCCAGACAACACAUAUUGUUGACAAGUUGUGAGAUUUUUACGUAUGUACGUUUAUCGACUUCAAAUAAAUUAUGGUAUUGUACUGUACUGUACUGUACUGUACUGUACUGUACUGUACUGUACUGUACUGUGCUGUGCUGUACUGUACUGCAUUGUCCCGAUACAACAAAUCAAUUGUAUUUCUUUUUAUACAUGCUAACAAUGUUGCGUUUAUUGUUAUUAGGUACAGCAGUGAGGCGAGAACCACCUCCACCUCAGAAUACAUUGUGCGCAGACGCGUGGAAGAACCUAGCUGCGCCGAUCUAUACUCUCAAGUUAGUUAAAGUCGAAGUGAGCGAUUUUCCAACUGACAACACAUACCGUUUAUCGAUCAGCGAAAACGGUGGCCGCGAACAAACCGUAACCACGGUAACAGGUUCGUCAUCAGAUGCCUGCGACGACGGUCUUGUGACAUUCAUUUCAGCGGCUGUGAAUGCAGACGCACCAAUGAUGCUGACGGCAAAGGUAACCCUAGCCGAUACCUCGAAAUGUAACAGCGUUCCUUUACUAUUCUUCCCAGAAUCCUUAGAGGCCGUCCUCAAGGAGAAUGACGUCACUCGGCCCAAGGUCUCGAAGCGCGACUUCAAAAUUAUCCCACCGCUGUGCGAUUCCGCUGGCAAGGUGUCACUGACGUUCCAGAUCAUGCCUCCGCAAAGGACUGGGAACUACUCUCUCCACGUGAACCAAUAUGACAACGCCAUUGAGGUCCCGGAUAUUGCGACGGGUGUCGCAUUCCCUGGUUCGAUCGCCCCAUCCUUCAUGAGUGAAGGUCCUUGUGGUGUCACUUUAUAUGGCAUCAAUUCCUACAGCAGUAGUGAGGUUUUUCGGUGCAGAAUUGCCGAGCCUGUAACCACCUUACUUGUGGCUGUAGAAGUCUCAGACUUAACAGGUCGGAUUAUAUCCUCGAGUCAUUCGAUGUCCAAAGCUGAGCUGCCUUUUAAGGGGCAAAUUGCGAAACGUCUUAGUGGCUUUCCCUACUCGAAAGAUAAGUACGACCCCAAGUUAUUAAUACGCGGUCGAAAGGACUGGGGCAUAUGUUAUGCCCACGUCACACUGAGUUCGCGAGUCAAGCUGUACCUCUAUCACUUGGAAAGCCAAAAACGCAUCGAAAUUGAACAGCCUUCCAAGACCUCGUACAGAUUCAAACUCGAAAAUUCCAAGGAGUACAUCGACGUGGACACUAUCUCCGGGGAUAUAACAGUCCCACGGGAUAUUAAUGCCGUACCGGAGAUUUUGGCACUCUGUUUUUCGCUGAGGACAUUAAAACAGUUUAAAUCGCGUCACGAAGUUGAUUAUUUUGUAGAAGAUUCGCGGGAGUCGCGACGUGGGAGAUAUGGUACCCUUGUACGAUAAUGCUGAUGAUAUGUUAGGCUGGAGUUGCUUCGGAUUUAUCGGUGAUAUUUCAUAGUCGAUAAGAUCGAUCACAAAUUAUUUCUUUAGAAAAUGGAAAAUUGAUGACAUUUUCGCGCGGAGCUGCUUUGAAUUUAUCGAUGAUAUUUUAUAAUCGAUAGGAUCGAUCACAUGAUGAUAUAACCGAAUCUUUACCGAAUGAAAAAUUGCAAAUUAAUUCAUACGUUUUUGUGUAGAGUUACUUCGAAUUUAUCAAUGAUAUUUUAUAAAAUGGGCGGCUUAUAAAUACAUUUUUCUAUUAUUUUUUGUAUUGGAAGUUCAACAAUUAAUCGGUAUAAAUCGAUCAUCAAUAUAUAAGUAAAGUGAAAAUUAGUUUAAAAAAUUAGUCACUUAGGCAGAGAAUAUGUAUUUAUUUAUUAUGAUAUUGUUUAUUUUUGUAUAUAAGAUAUUUAAAGGCUGUUUCUUACAUACUGUAAAUGUAUGUAUCGAUGCUUUGACCAAUUAAGUCAAAACUAACCAUUAUAUUUAUUGUAAUGUAUACAGUAUUUAAUUAAUUAUGCAGUCAGUGGUGAGGUGAAUUAAAUUAGUUUAAUACAGAUAUAUUAUUUUUUGACUGAACAUAUAUCCCACCAAUUCACUUUUUCAGAUAAUGGAUGGUUCCAUCUAUAGACUUAAUUUUGAUCUGGGCAAGAAGAACAAAAUCCAUCGCCACAGCUAGAAAGAGCAUGUUAAAAUUAGUGAUACAAAUUAAUACAAAAUUU